AUGACGUCGGUCAACAAGAAAAGAAAUCCUAGAAAGAAUCAAACUCCAAAGGAUGUGACUUUGGAAACAGAAGAUGGAACUCAGGCGGAUCGUCCAAAGAAGAAGGUUGUGAAAAAGAGAAGUGCUGUGGUGAGACGGGCGGCUCAAUAUGGAGAUGUGAACGAAGCAAUGCUCAAAGAUUUUGUGAAGACUACACUUGAAACUGGUGUUAAACAGCUGAGUUCAGAGUUUAUGAAUCUUAAAAUUGAGACUCAACCAUGUCAUAAACCGAAGACCGGACAUGAGACUCAUCCGGAGAAAAAUCGGUACAAAGAUGUUUACUGUAUUGAUGAUACUCGUGUAAUUCUGAAAUGGCCUGAAGACAAUCCUAACGACUAUAUUCAUGCGAAUUGGGUUAAAAUCAACGGACUCAACAAGUUCAUUUGUACUCAAGGACCAACCGAAAAGACGAUUGACGACUUCUAUCGUCUUGUUUGGCAAGAGAAAGCUCCGUGUGUUGUGAUGCUCUGUAAUAUUAUGGAACUCGGAAAGAAGAAAUGUGAACAGUAUUGGCCGGAAGCUGUAGAUGGUUCAAUGGUUUUGAUGGACGGAAAGUUGACAGUGAAGAUUACGGAACCGGCAAGAGAAGUCGAGCAGAAUAUAUUGCUUAUGAAGAUCUCUUUGACGGAUGAUAAGGGGACAGUCCAUAAUUUCGAACACUGGCAGUGGAAGGCGUGGCCUGAUCGUGGAGUUCCGGAAAUCCCCAUGGCCGUUUUCAGACUUCUUAUUCGACUGAAAACUGCUAGUCCAAUCAUCGUUCAUUGCUCAGCGGGAAUCGGUAGAACCGGAUCAAUUGUUGGCCUUGAAAUCGCUUUGGUGAAGUUCUGUGCUGGAGAGAAAGUAGUUCUGAAGGAUAUAGUCAAAGAGAUCCGUAAUCAACGUCAUGGAUCAGUUCAAACUGAUGCUCAAUACCUUUUCAUGCAUCGUGUACUUCUGGCUUUAGCUGAAAAUAGAAAGAUUACUAGUCCAGAAAUGAGCGCAUUCGUAACAGAGUACGACAAGGUGAUUGCGACAAAGAAUGGAUAG